CGUGAUUUGACAUAUCCCUUAACCUUAAUUUUUGGUUGGAUAUUUUUUGGUGGUUGUUUAUAUUAUGGAUUGUUGACUUUAUUGAUGUUAAUUUUUGUUUGUUUUAAUUGUUACAUUAUUUUACGAAAUACCAACAUGAUACCAACUGAGUGGAGUCACAAAAAUGUUAAUAUUUUCUUUCUAGGUUUGGAAUAUCUGGAAAUUUAAUCUUCUUUGAUAUAAAACCACUAAACGUGCUGUAAAACAUUUAAACGUUAGUUUUUAGUGUUUUUUUAUAUUUAAGGAUAAAUAUGGUGGAAGAAACUACGAGCUGUAUAAAUAAUAAACCAAAGCAAAAAACUAAUAAACCUAAAUCAGUCUACGAAUGGAGCGUGAGAGACGUACAAAAUUGGCUUCGCCGUCACUGCAGCGACUAUCAUCCUCUAUAUGCUGAUAACUUUGUUCAGCAUGAUAUCACAGGCCGUGCUUUGAUAAGACUAAACGAUAAUUCUUUAGUGAGACUAGGAAUUCGAGAUCCAGUUCACCGGGAAGCUAUUUGGAGGGAAAUUCUAAAACUUAGACUAAAAACUGAUAUAAUUGAAAUAAGAGAUCUGCAGUACCGAACAAACAGCUUUAAUUAGGAACAUUUUAAAUAAAACUAUAAUGUCAGUAUGAAAAAGCAUGUUUUUUUAAUUACAACCUAAAAAAUAAAAUUGAAAACAGUUACAACAAUUUAUAUAAUAUAUAUUAUACCAUUACAUAUAAGAAUUGUUA